GCUCCUGCACCGUCUGCAGAGGCUUGAGGGGUUCGGGCUCGGGGGUUCCUGGGGACAGGGGACCCCCAGGUAAGUCCUUGUCUGACCAUGGACGCCCAGGAGCAGGGGGCGCCAGGGAGGACCCAGAAGGGGAGAGUGGACAGCAGCGUCUGGCCAGCAAACGCUCCCCCCGCGUGGAACCCCACCUGCACGCAGGACAGGACCCUCUCUCGGGGGGCCGCGGGGGGGCCCCCAGGGCACCCGCCCCCCGCAGCACGGAGGGGGCCCCCCACCUCCCGACGCCGCCACCGCACCACGUUCAGCCCCGGGCAGCGGCAGCAGCUGGAGGCGGCCUUCGGGGGGAACCGGUACCCCGACGUCUGGGCCCGGGAGGGCCUCGCCCGCGACACCGGCCUCAGCGAGGCCAGGAUCCAGGUCUGGUUCCAGAACCGCAGGGCCAAGCAGAGGAAGCAGGAGCGGGGGCCGCCACCCCCGCGCCCCGCCUCCCCGGCCCCCUUCUCUGGGCUCCUGCCCCCGCCCCCCACGGUGCCCUACUGCUCCCCAGGGACCCCCGCCCCCGGGGCCUGCUGCCUGGGUGCCCCGGGCUCUGGCUAUGCUGUCUCCGCCCAGCCCUGCCCCGCGCCGGCCCUGGCAAGACCCCUCCAGGCUGAAGACUGGUACCCCAGCUGGGCCCCGGCCCCCGCAGGCCACCUGCCCUGCCCCCCGCCCGCAGCCCUGCUCCCCCUUAUCCUGGAGUCUCCGGCCUCCUGGAACUAAAUUCUCAAGGGUCCUGGUCAGGUGGGUGUCACCCAGAGCCCCAGCGCACCCAGGCUGGCAUCUGAGCAAUGGGCGCAUCACUGUGUGGGCGUACCACACCCUUUUCCUGGGCCUCCCCCGGCCCAACCCUGGCACACUGCUGCCCAGGGCACACCCGGCCCUCCCGAGUGCUGCCCACGGUGCCCACAGUCUGGCAACCCAUGCCCUGCUCAGGCUCUCUGGUUGGCUGAGAGAGGUCACGGGAGAAAGUUCCUGCCCCGUUUCCUGGCGCUGCUCUUCUGGAACCCUGUGGAAUUCCCCGGAGAACCCGCCCUCCCAUCACCUCGCUCGACGGAACCUUCCGGCCCACGGGGUCCUGAGGGCGUUUCCUGAGCCACAUUUGCAGACGGACUCAGGGGAGGCCGAGAACCUUCUCCCUGCCGUGAAGCUGCUUCCCUCCUUCCCCAGCGUCACUGUCCCGCCUUCCCUCCCUCGAGAAGGGGAAUGACGGACGGGCCUGAGCGAGAGCACCGCAGAGAGGGCACUGCCUCGUAUGCAGCCAUCUGGGUUCGAUUCCCGGCACCCCAGAUGGUCCCCUGAGCUCGCCAGGGAGACGCCUGUGUGUAGAGCCAGGAGCAGGCCUGAACACCACCGAGUCUGACCCCUGUCAGAAAAAUAAUUAGAAUUAUGAAUAUCUUCCCAAUGUACAACUUCCCCCUCCGAAGAAGGUGCGCCCUGUCAUUUUGCAAAGCUGG